GAAGAAGAAGAAGAAGAAGAAGAAGGAGAAAAAGAAGGCAAAGAAAAAGGUAAGGAUGUGGAUGAAAGACCUGCUUACAUGGAUGACUUUGAUGAUGAUUUUGGUCAAUACAUGAAGGGUGAGCAUGAUGUAGAUCUUUUCCCCGAAGAAGAAGUUUUUACUCCAGUAGAUCCUAGCAAAAUGGAGGUAAAAACUAGAUUUGCAAAUAAGGAAGCAUUUAAGAAACAUCUCAGGGGUUAUUGUGUUCUUAAUAAGUGUCAAUAUAUUUUGGAUAGAAGUGCUCCCUCUAGAAUUAAGGCUGAGUGUAGGUUUAAAACAGAACAUGAUUGUCCUUGGUUUGUGUAUGCUAGCAAGAAAGAGGGUGCUUUUGUUCUUAGGAAAGUGAAUUUGGAACAUAAGUGUGAAGGGGAUCCCCAAAAUAGGAAUAGAUCUGCUGAUCCUCAUUUUGUAAAGGAUUUUGUUCUUGAUCAGAUGAAGAAUAAGCCUAAAAAAGUUGUUCCAGACCCUUAUAAAAUCAAGGAAGACUUCUUAGCUGAAAAGAGAGUAAAUAUACCAUAUCAGUGUGCAUGGAAGGCUAGGAAUCUAGUUUUAGAGUCAUUAUAUGGGAACUAUAAAGAAAGUUACAAUGAAGUACCAGCAUUCUGCAAGAUGUUUACUAAAUGCAAUGAUGGGUCUGUUGCUAAGUUCACUUUUGACACAGUGAAUAACACCUUUGAAAGCAUGACACUCUCAUUUGAACCUGCAAUGAGGGGUUGGCGAAAAGCAUGCAGGGGAGUUAUAGGGCUUGAUGCCUGCCAUCUAACAGGGGAAUAUGGGGGAUUAUUGAUGGCUGCAACUGCACUUGAUGGACAGAAUGGGUUAGUAAUGUUAGGAAUUAUGGUAUGCAGAGCUGAAACAAAGGAAAAUUGGAUCAUUUUUUUGAAGCAUUUGAAGGAUGCAAUAUUAGCACAUCCAGUGAAAGUGGCUUUCAUUUCAGAUAGGCAAAAAGGUUUAUUGGAAGCUGUUGGUAUAGUGUUCCCUGGCCAUCACCACAGAUACUGUUGGAGACAUUUAUACAAAAAUUUCAAGAAGGAUUACAAGGGUCUUGAAUUAUACAGUUCUUUAUGGAAUGCAGCAAAAGCAUACAAAGAAAAGCAUUUUCAGCAAUGAAGACUUCAUCUGAGACCCAUUUAAAACCGUCACAAUCUGUACAAGUGAGGUUUGAUUUUGCAGUGGGCAGUUUUUGAAGCAAUGACCAGAUUCUCCGCAAGCGUAACAACCAUUCUCUACUGGUAAUUUCACCAUCUUGCAUUUGACAGGAUCGAUGGCAUCGUCAAACCAUUCAAAGUACUGACAGGGCCUAAUUUAUAUGAAUGAAGCUGAAUCUGACCGUUACAAAUUCGACCGUUACAAAUCCGACCGUUGCAAUGAGUCACCGAGUUGACUCGAUACUGGUUUGGUUACGAACUCAGACGAGGGUUAAGUCGUCUUUUACCUAGCAGG